AUGCUGUCCCGCCUGAAGAAGGCCCGGCGCCCGCACGGCUACGAGUGGAGCACCUUCGGGUACGAGAUCCUGUCCAACGUGAUGCCCGCGGACUACAACCUGGUGGGGAAGGAGAUCGUCCUGAGGCACAACUCCCGGAACGUCUUCCGCGCCACGAUCCGGGCGGAGAGCUGCCUGGUCGUGCUGCUGAAGGACCUGGAGAGGAGGGGGAAGGAGGCCGGGAACCGGCACAUCUCCGGCUUCUGCUGCGUGGCGGAGCGCACCAGGAUCGGCGGCGACCAGACGCUGCGGGGCUUCGUCGAGUCCCACCUCACCCGGCUGCUCAGGAGCAUGGCGCACGGCAUUAUUGCGCGGGUGGACGGGUUCCGCGUGGAGGAGGAAGGGAGGGAGGAAGACAAGGAAGAGACACCGGACGUGAUCAUGUUCGAGCCCGGGGACCCGCCUGCAGACCCGUCGGACACGACAUACCCGUUGCUGCGGCCCAUCAACCCGUCCGACCCGGCAUGCACCUGGCCGCUGGUGAUCUACGGGGGCCAGACGCAGGGGGUGGAGACCAACAGGGAGUGGCUGAACUUCCUCCUCAUGUGCCAGUGCAUCGCCAACACCCUGGGGGUGAGCCACCAGGAGGCGGUCUACCACAACUGCAUCAAGAUGGAGAUGGCGAGGAGACAGGUCCCGCACAUCUCCCACUUCCACUGCGUCCAGCGGCUCCCGGGCGGGGAGAUGGCCAAGAUCGGCGAGCUGGACCUCCUCGUCGAGCUGGCGACGGGCAACUACCUCGUAGAAUUGAAGGUGUGCGCGCAGUGGAGGAGGUUCGAGAACCAGAUCAAGAAGUACAUCAACGCAGUCCACUCCAUGGGGUACCGGGCGGCGGGGGCCGCCAUCGUCAACUUCAACCCCAAGGGGGUCAUCGAGGUCGCCAUGUUCGACGCCGCCAGCCGCCACGCCCCUGCGCCUAGCCUCCGGGCACCGCGCAUCAUGACUGAGUUUUUUGAAGCAUUCGAUUUAUUGAAAUACGACGUCGAUGGCACGAAGUCCGAGGUGGUCUUCUUCCUCCCCGUGGCUAUCCUCUGCGGUAUUGUCAAUUAUGUUUGGGAACAUUUCGAACCCAAGGAGAUGAAAGACAUUCCUUCAAGAGAGGAUUACGAAUCGAACGAUGAGUUCUGGAAGGACUGGAAUCGGGUCAACAAGGAAAACCAUGAAACAAGGACAUAUAACGAGACCAAGAAACAAGAGGCUAUUGAUGCUGCAGUCGUAAAAUUCUCGUUGUAUACAGACGAGGAGAAAAGCAAUCUUGUCAGAAUCAUGAAGACCUCUACUGUUCAACAAUGGGAGAACACCAGAGUGUAUGCAAAUUCACAGAUACCCACGCUUGAUGAAUUCCGUAAACCCGUUGAAGGAAGAUCGAGACCUUUGAUCAAUGAUUUCGAAGAACAAGAACAAACAAUUCGAUCCAAUGCAGAGAUAAUCCAUCGGAGAAUCAAGGAUAUGCAGGAAAAUCCGAUUGACGUUGCCACAUGCACCAAAAAAGAAAAGAAGGCUUAUGAUAAAGCAUUAAAGGAUCUGACCAAUGAUGUGAGCACGCUGCACAAACAGUGUAGAUCCUACGAAUUGGAGGUCAAAUAUACAUUCCCUAUCAUAAACCCUCUUGCGAUAGAUGAUGAAUUAAUCGAGUCAGAUGUGAGUGAUGCAGAAGAAACCGACUCGAAAAUGCAGGCGCCGCAAGAUCAGGUUCAGCAGCCACCCCGCGAAAAACGUCCCCGUACUCCCACCGAGGAGCGGCAGGUUACCGCGGAUCAGCCGGUCAAGCCAAAGCGACGCAUCAUUCCCAGAGUCGAUCCACAACCCCAGCCAGUGCAGCAGCCCCAGCCAGUGCAGCAGCCCCAGCCAGUGCAGCAGCCCCAGCCAGUGCAGCAGCCCCAGCCAGUGCAGCAGCCCCAGCCAGUGCAGCAGCUGCCCCAGCCACAGCGCCCCAUCACAGCCAUCGUCAUUUCUGACGACGAUACGAAGGAGCAGAAAGCGGUUGCUGACAAGGAAAGGAAGAAGCAGGAAGCGAAGUACAGGGCAGCUUUCCGCAAAGGUAUCGUCGAUGAGAUGCUCGCCAAGAUACAGGAGUGCAAGGAUGACCCCAAUGGCAAGGAGAAGUUCAUGGAGUACUACAGGGAGAAGAAGUAUGGCGGGAUAGAAACUGCGUUCCAAGAAUAUAAUAGCUGGACUCGUUCAUUCUGCUUGAAGGAGAAUUUGCAGGAUCAUGUGAGGUUCUGGAUCCAUGUCCCGCCAUUCAAUCCCGUCUAA